UGGCAUUGGCCGGAACUGGCCCUGGGCCUCUGGAGGCAGCAGCAUCCUGGCGGAGUUCGGGACCCUGCACUUGGAGUUCAUGCACUUGAGCCACUUGUCAGGAAACCCCAUCUUUGCCGAGAAGGUAAUGAAUAUUCGAACAGUACUGAACAAACUGGAAAAGCCACAAGGUCUUUAUCCUAACUAUCUGAAUCCCAGUAGCGGACAGUGGGGUCAACAUCAUGUAUCAGUGGGAGGACUUGGAGACAGCUUCUAUGAAUAUUUGCUCAAGGCAUGGUUAAUGUCCGACAAGACAGAUCUAGAAGCUAAGAAGAUGUAUUUCGAUGCCAUUCAGGCCAUCGAGACUCACCUGAUCCGCAAGUCCAGCAGCGGCCUCACCUACAUCGCGGAGUGGAAGGGCGGCCUCCUGGAGCACAAGAUGGGCCACCUGACCUGUUUUGCGGGAGGCAUGUUUGCGCUUGGGGCGGAUGGCGCUCCCGAGGGCCUGGCCCAGCACUACCUUGAACUUGGUGCCGAGAUUGCGCGCACCUGCCAUGAGUCUUACAACCGGACAUUUAUGAAACUGGGACCAGAAGCUUUCCGAUUUGACGGCGGUGUUGAAGCCAUUGCGACAAGACAAAAUGAGAAGUACUACAUCCUACGGCCGGAAGUGGUGGAGACUUACCUGUAUAUGUGGCGACUGACUCAUGAUCCAAAGUACAGGAAGUGGGCCUGGGAAGCCACAGAGGCCCUGGAAAGUCACUGCAGAGUGAACGGGGGCUAUUCGGGCCUCCGGGAUGUGUAUCUCCUGCACGAGAGCUAUGACGACGUGCAGCAGAGCUUCUUCCUGGCAGAGACGCUCAAAUAUUUGUACUUAAUCUUUUCUGAUGACGACCUCCUUCCACUGGAACAUUGGAUCUUCAACACCGAGGCCCAUCUUCUCCCUAUACUCCGUACGGGCAAAAAGGAAGUCGAAAUCCGAGAGAACUGAAAAGACAUUUAUACUGUACUCUGCUCCAUUCCCCUCACUGCAUACCUUAAUAAUUCCUUUUCUGUAAUCAGGCAUAUGAUGAACUUUCAUUAAUAGGCGUGUGAUUAUUCUAAGUUCUUAAAUUGUUUUGCAGUCUUUUAUGUAUACUGUCAUAGGCAUAGAUGGACAAUUCCUUAUCAUUAUCCCUUAUUACCCAGCCAGUAGAUCCACCCAUUUUUUUGUUUUUCAGUAAUCUGUUAUCUCUAGAGUUAAUGAAGUUAUGAUAUCAUUUUUAUUAAACUGAACAGAAUGGUGUAGCAAUGACCUCUUAAUUACAAUUUGAUUUGACUGCAAAACUUUUUCCUCCUCUAUGAGGAGAUGAUGUCUGCUUUAAGCUGUAAUGUUUUGCCAUGUUGCAAAAAGCCAUAAUAAUAAAUUAAAUAUUAAAAAAGGUUUUUCCUUUUCAGUUUCAUGUUAAUCUGGUUUGUCUACCCACCAGAGACAGAUCUCAGAACUGUGACAGCCACCUCAUGCGGGUCUAUCAUUAUUUGAUAGGAUGUCUUCUAAAAUAUGUCACUCAUAUUAUAAUUCAAAUUAGAAAGUCAUUCCAAAAGGAUCGUCUUGUGUUGACCCUAUUUCACUGGAACCACAGUAUGUUUGUGUAGGCUAACGAUAUUAGUGUUUCCUGAUUUGUGAGUGUGUCCUUUAAUUUUCCUAUAAGUGCCCUGUGUCCUUUCUGGAUCAUGCACUGGUCACUCCUUCUGUUUCCUGCCACACAAAGAGGUGAGCUCUCCAUUCUGCGGAACACUGCUAUCACUGAAUUACAUCUUCUUAAGGGAAAUAAUCUAAUGUUCAAUGUGUGAGUUUUGGCUUUUAGCUGAACGGAUGAAGAAGCGGGGUCUCGAAAAAGAUAUUUCAUAUGGCUUUUAGUUCGGUUGCUUUUAUUUCAUCUUUACUUUUCUUGAGAAAAUAAAGCAUUCUGUCUGGUUCAGGUUUGAAAAGGCCCUUUCUCAAAUGUAGUAAAUUGUUUCAUUUUAAUUUAUGACAGCAAGAUUGGACUCUGUGAAGGAAGCUUUGCCAGUAUACUUAUUUAUGGUCAGUUAAGGAAACUUCAAUAAACCUUUAGGCCAAAUAAGAAUCUGGUCUAUUUAGUAUGGCUAAAUUCAACAUGGGGACCCUAACUUAGAAGCAGCAUACAGAAAUACUCCCGGUCCCCAAAUACUAGGGUUCUUCUGAACAUUAAGCUUUGAAAUAUGGUUUUCCCAAGAAUAGAUUUGGUGGCACCUUGUGUUUCCUUAUCAUACUGGUUUGAAAUCUAUAUUUUCAUGAAAGGGCAACUAUGGCGAUGCAUUUGGUGACAUACAAAGACUUUGACCGCCUACAUUUUCAACCUGGAAUGGUCAGACAGAUCAGUGCAACCCCAUGGAUUAAGCUGAAGCGUAUGAAAUUGCUGCAGUUGUAUUUUUAAAAACUGCCCAAUAUCAGCAGUUUCAUAUAGUUCAACUUAAUGUUUUUUUAAGAGAAUUAUUUUCUUAGAUCUCAAUAGACUUAAUAGUUGUAGUUAUUUCGGCUUCUGAAAGUGUUAGCGAUCUCCCGUGUCUGACAGGACCACCUUUGUGAUCUGCUUUGACUUUUCUUCAAUAUUGUACAUUGGUAUAUGUCAAAAAAUCAGUUAGUGAAAUUAGUAAAUGAAAAAGUUCUUCAGAACAUCGUUAUUACCAUGUCAGUGUCUCUGAUCCAGAGUAACUUCUCCCACUCAUAUCUUCAGCCCACCUGAUGAAAUAAGCGGAGAGUAAGAGCCCUUUGUUCCCAGGACUUUAAGGCAAAAUAUAAAAAAUGAUUGCCAAAAUUGGGCCAUAUGUAUUUAGAUUAUGGUUUUCAUGUGAAUGUCCUUGGGCUAGCGAUUUAAAUUCAAUUAUUUUCUACUCUUUGAUUUUAAAGAGCACAUAGGUGAUAAGCACUUCUGCAGCAGGUAAAGGAGGUAAGACUGACCCUACCCCACCCUCAAAUCAGGUUUUGUGUAUGGACUGACUGCACUGUCGUGUAGCUCCCGGUGUGUCCUGGUUUGAGGAGACAGAGCCGUGCUACCUGUCACACUCUCAAUGGCAAGAAUUACGUGUUUGCAAUUCUAGAGCUUGAAUGUUUUAACAAAAGUCCUAAAACACCAAAAAUGUAAACAAGAGAUUAAUAUUAUGGUGAUGUGAUUUCAUUAAGGUUAUACUUUGUGUUAGUUUUAUCAACUGAAGUCUUUAAAUAGAACUUUCAUUUUCAAAACUGUGCAGUUAAACCUCUAUAUGUAGUCACAUCCUGAAAGGCGAACAGUUAAAAUAGCACUUAACUUUGUGUUUAUGCAAUAUGUUGAUAUACUUUGUGCAAUUAAUAUCACACAUAUAAGUUGUAUGGCAAAUUGCAGAACUCGAUGACUUGUCAUGACUUUGUCAUGUGUACUAUCCAUUUUUACUUUGAUUAUUCUUGAUUUGCACAUAAAUCCAUUCUUCCCUUCCACUUUGUAUAAAUCAAUGUUAUGAGAAACAUAAUAGAUUGACACAUAAUUUUUAAAAAUUAUAUUUGUAAAAUUUCUCUAUGGUGAAUAAAGUCUUUUAAUAUAUCUC